GCGUGCGACUCCACGAAACAAAACAGGUCUGGGCUACAGAAGUAUGGCAGCUGCUGAGGCGGCGGUGGUAUCGUCGUCAUCCUUGAAACCAGACACAGCCCCAGUCCCCGAAAGUGCAGGAAUGGCUGCAGCCACGGCCGCCACAUCCUCAGCGAUGGCUGCAGCCGCGGCGGUUGCGGCCAGGACCGGAUCCGAAGCCAGGGUCUCCAAGCCCGCGUUGGCUACUAAGCUGCUGUCCCUGAGCGGCGUGUUCGCCGUGCACAAGCCCAAAGGGCCCACUUCAGCCGAGCUGCUGAAUCGGCUGAAGGAGAAGCUGCUGGCAGAAGCUGGAAUGCCUUCUCCAGAAUGGACCAAGAGGAAAAAGCAGACUUUGAAAAUUGGGCAUGGCGGGACUCUAGACAGUGCAGCCCGAGGAGUCCUGGUGGUUGGAAUUGGAAGGGGAACAAAACUGUUGACCAGUAUGUUGUCAGGGUCCAAGAGGUAUAUUGCCACUGGCGAACUGGGGAAAGCUACUGACACGCUAGAUUCUACAGGGAAAGUAACAGAAGAAAAACCUUACGAUAAAAUAACACAGGAAGAUAUUGAAGGCAUUCUACAGAAAUUUACUGGGAAUAUAAUGCAAGUACCUCCCCUCUAUUCUGCAUUAAAGAAAGAUGGACAGAGACUUUCAACUUUGAUGAAGAGAGGUGAAGUAGUAGAAGCAAAACCUGCCAGGCCAGUUACCGUGUACAGUCUUUCCCUUCAAAAAUUCCAGCCACCAUUUUUCACAUUAGAUGUUGAAUGUGGAGGAGGUUUUUAUAUCAGAAGCUUGGUCAGUGACAUUGGCAAAGAACUGUCUUCCUGUGCCAAUGUGCUAGAGCUGACCCGCACCAAACAGGGACCCUUUACACUGGAGGAGCACGCCCUUCCCGAAGACAAAUGGACGAUUGAUGACAUUGCACAGUCUCUCGAGCAGUGCUCAUCCCUUCUGCCAGCAGAGAUGGCACUUAAAAAAUCAAAACCUGAGGAGUGUAAUGAGCAAGUUUUGAGCUGUGAGUACAUAACUCUAAAUGAGAUAAAGGGAGAAGAUGAUGUGAUUAAGACAUUUUAAGUUGGGCUUGGGAUUGUCUUCAUUUCCUGGUUGACAUUUGAAUCCUGUGUGCAGAAUGACAAGCUGUGUGCCAAGACAAACGAUUCUUUUUUUUUUUUUUUGCAUGAGGAAAAAUGUCCAUCGUUUAUGGUUUCUACGGUGCACAGUUUAUCUGCUGUACAUUAUAAAUAGCCUUGCAGUUGUUCAGUUCUCGCUGUACUAUAGAAUGUUCUUCUAGGAUGUUAUUAUGUUGUUAGAUUGGAUUCAGGAAAAUCAACUUUCUGAUUUUGAUCUCUCAUCAAAGUCUUUUCCUGUGAAAAAGUUGACCACAUUUUCUAAUCAGAGGAAAAAAAAACUAGCUAAAUGUUUCUUUGGUGUGACAAAGUGAAUGUAUAUUAGUUUCUUUGACUUUAUUUUGGCUUCCUCGUGACUCUGGUUAUUGAAAUUCCUUAACUAUGUUUGAAAAAGCCAUUAUUUAACUCAUGUUUUGGAGAGUUUACGAUUAUUAAGAACAUUUCUUUGAUAAGGCUGCACUUAUCUUGGUAAUAGCUGUGUUUGUUUAGAUCUUAGAAGCUAAUAAACUUCUAUUGUAAAUAUUUGUAGAUGAACCAGAUUUUUGCUGCUACCACUAAUGGAAUGUAAAUAGAAGACUAAAUGUUUAAUUAAAUUCACCUCUACUCUCCCAUUAGCACAGGACAGCUCCUAUGGCUUAUGUUUUGGCAGCUAUGAGAUAGUUUCCCGGUAAUUUAAUCAAUACAGUCGACCACCCUGUACCAAGUUACUAAAUAACCUAAUUUAAAAAAAUUAAGCUAUAGAAUGCCUUCAAUGAAAAACUUCUUCUCUUUAUUCUUUAGUACUUAUUUAUACAUCUUUAUAGGGUAUUAAUCCCCAUGAUACUUUGCUUUCGGUUUGCUCUUUCAAGUGAUGUUUAUAGAUGCUGAGAUUGCUGCCCUGCAUUUCCAGUUAAUCCCUUCUGCUCUAAAUGUUUAAAAACAGUUAUUCUCAAACGUUUUCAUUCAGGUAGCCUACUGAAAGUUCCCUGUCCCUCUUUACCAUAGUUUUGAAAACAGUCACAUUCUGAAAUAGUAAAUUUCAUAUGUAAUGAGUGCUUCAUAUUUUUGUUAUAGGAAAGCAAUGUAUAAUGCAGCAUCUGUAGACAUUUUCAAAUCCCACUGCAUUUAUCCAAAUAAAUAGUUUCAAAAGGAAGACUUGUUAAAUUUUUCAUCAUAUAAGAGUUUUUACAUUUUUAUGGAUUGUCUUUCUUUUAAAGGUGGUUGCUUUUGCAACCUCUAACUUAUAAAUUUUAAAUAUGUAAACAAAUGUGAUCUUAUUUGUGGUUAACCUAAUAUAAACUCAGUAUAAAAAGUUAUAUGCUUCAAUAGAGCACUUUCAGUGUAUUGGCAACAUUUUUCAAGUGGAAAUGGAAAUAUUAAAACAUUCUUAUGGUUUCCCUGGUGGCGCAGUGGUUGAGAGUCUGCCUGCCGAUGCAGGGGACACGGGUUCGUGCCCCGGUCCGGGAAGAUCCCACGUGCCGCGGAGCGGCUGGGCCCGUGAGCCAUGGCCGCUGAGCCUGCGCGUCCGGAGCCUGUGCUCCGCAGCGGGAGAGGCCACAACAGUGAGAGGCCUGCGUACCGCAAAAAACAAACAAACAGACAAACAAAACACAUUCUUAGUAUGACACAGAAAAUUAUAAGGAAGAGUUAAUUAUCAUAAUGCCUUAAAUAAAACACCAAACACACAAAGUUGUAAAUUGAAGCUUUUACAGUUUUACAUAUUCAUAUCUAGUGCCCUGCAGUUUGUAUAACCAAAGGUGGCAGUGGCUGCCUCUUUCUGUUGGAAUGGCACAGGUUACAGUAUGUCUUCAUACACUGCCAGCUAAGGUCCAAAUAGAGGAAUAUAAAACAGCUAGGGUCUCUCUGCUCUAUUUCUCGACUUAAAAUUUAACAUGUAUAAUUUACUAAUGGAGAAGAGUAUAAAUUUUUUGAAAAGACAGGUGACUUUUUAAAAUGUUAACCAAUCUUUUUCUUUUAUUGAAAACAUUGAAGAAAAUGUUGCCAAAUGGAAAAAUUAGCAAAUCCUCACCAUCCUGAUACAGGGACCUCAGAACUUUAAUUUCGUAUUAUUCUUUUCCCUUCUUUUGUUCACAUAACUACAGUCUGAAGACACCUAUACGUUUUUAUUGACUAUUUUUUUAUUUGAUAUUCUUUUACUAUUUGUAUUUAGUUUUGACAAUGAUUAUUUUAAUCAUAUUACUUCAGUUUGUUUAAACCAUUUCUCUAUUGCUGAAUACUUAGGUUAUUUUCAAUUUUAUUAGGGUAAGUUCCUGGGAGUGGGAUUAUUAAAUGGAAUAAUAUGAACAAUUUAAUUUUCCUUAAUGAGUUUGCCUUAUUGCUUUCCCAGAGAGUUGUAACAUUUUACAGUAUCAUCAUUUGAGUAUGUCAGUUCACUAAAAGUCUACAGCUUUGGGUGGGGGAUUUAUAUGUCGUUGCUCAUUUAGUAAGUUAUACGGGUUCAGAGUUGCUCUGAUUUGCCUUUGUGUGACUUUUUCACAUACUUUGUUCACUUAUGUAAAUAAAUGUCUUAAUGGUUUCUUUAUACAUUUGUGUGAG